AUGGCUCUUGCUCUGCUCUUGGCAGCAGUCCUGGGACUUCUCCUUGUCAAGGCUGUUCAGCUUCAGCUGCGGGACCCGGGCGCCCCUCCCUGCAUCGGGAGCUGGAUCCCUUGGUUUGGAGCUGCAUUCCAGUUCGGGAAAGCUCCCCUGGAGUUCAUAGAGCAAGCUAGAAGCAAGUAUGGACCCAUAUUCACAAUAUUUGCUCUGGGAAAACGUUUUACUUUCGUGACUGAUGACAAAGGGGCUGAAGCUUUUUUUACAUCCAAGGACUUAAAUUUUGAGCAGGCAGUUCAACAAGCUGUCCAGAAUGCAGUUUCUGUUCCUGCAGAAGCGUUUUAUCAGAACCAUGGUAACCUCUACACCAUGAUGAAGGGAAAAAUGAGUCCUUCAAACCUGCCCCAGUUCACGGACACGCUGUGCAAAGAACUACAUGAGUACAUGGGACACCUGGGCACCCAGGGAACAGGUGACCUCAAUGACCUGGUAAGGCACGUCAUGUAUCCAGCAGUGGUGAAUACUUUGUUUGGAAAAGGCAUCUGUCCAACGAGCCAGAGCGAAAUCAAGGAGUUCCAAGAGCAUUUUCAGAAGUACGACGAGGACUUUGAAUAUGCCUCUCAAAUGCCUGAGUGUUUCCUGAGAAACUGGUCUAAAUCCAAAAAAUGGCUUCUAAAAUUAUUUGAGAAAGUGGUGUUGAAUGCUGAGAAGACUAACCCUUCAGAAACCACUUCCAAGACACUACUGCAUCAUCUCCUGGAUAAUUUACAGGGAAGACAUCUGGCUCCCAGUUAUGGUCUCUUAAUGCUGUGGGCUUCCCAAGCAAAUGCUGUCCCUAUUGCAUUUUGGACCGUUGCUUUCAUACUGUCCCAUCCAUCCAUUUACAAGAGAAUCAUGGAAGACCUGGCUUCUGUUUUUGGCAAAGCAGGUAGAGAUAAAAUAGAAGUCUCUGGAGAUGAUCUUAAGCAGCUCCCUUUUAUUAAGUGGUGCACUUUGGAAGCCAUUCGGCUGAGGUCGCCAGGAGCAAUCACCAAGAAAGUAGUAAAUCCGAUUAGAAUUCAGAAUUUCAGCGUCCCUGCAGGUGACAUGCUGAUGUUGUCUCCAUAUUGSCUGCACAGAAAUCCAAAAUAUUUUCCUGACCCAGAAAUGUUCAAACCUGAUCGUUGGAAAGAGGCAAAUUUAGAGAAGAAUGCUUUCUUGGACUGCUUUGUGGCAUUCGGAGGAGGGAAGCAUCAGUGUCCAGGAAGGUGGUUUGCUAUCAUGGAAAUCCAGCUGUUUGUUGUGCUUUUCCUAUACAAAUAUGAGUUUGUUCUUUUGGAUUCAGUACCAAAGGAGAGCCCUUUACAUUUGGUGGGGACACAGCAACCCAUGACGCCAUUCCGGGUCCAGUAUAAACACCGGGAGUGAAAGCUGACCAGUUUGCCCACUUGUCUUCCUUUGCUGGCCACCAUCAGACGAAUGGGCCACUGAGCUCCUUCUUUUUGGAAUAUCCUGCAUGUUCAAAUAUAUAUUAUCACAGUUAAGAACUGUUAAGAAGUUAAGGGAAGUCUUAACUUUAAGUGCUGUAAACACCCUGUGCUGUGGUAUGGCAGGCCAGCGUGGGGGACAGGUCCCRCCUGAGAUUUCCACUGCACAGGAUUCAGAAUCAGUCCGUGCAUGAAUAUGCCGUGAUAAGUUGAUCAUAAUGUUUGGCUCCUAAUGAACAGCCAUAGCAAGAAAAGACAUUGCUAUUUGUCAAAUUAUUUGUCACAAUUCUGUAACACUUUUGCUUUUCUUCUAACCUGCCUUCUAAAACAACUUACACAAAACUAAAAAUAGUUAAUCCUAUAAAGAGUGUCUAGUAAAAGUUGUUCUAGGGAGCUGUCAGAUAAGUUCAGAUAUCAACACUUUAACUGCUGUCAGAUUUCAUAUUCCAUAAGAGCUGUUAUAUAUUUUUAGUCUUUUAAGUAAAGAUUACUCAUCAUUUUAUAAGUAUUUUCAAAAACACGUAUAUGGACUUUUAACAACAGCAAAAACAAUGAGAAUAACAUUCAUAAUAAUAUAUCAGUUUGAUGCAUAAAUUUGUACCCUUAUAUCAGACAUUUGUUUACAGGUUUUGUGACUGGACAAGGAUUCACC